UUAAAUUUUUAGUCCGGCAGUAAAACCAAAGAAGAAGAAGAAGACGGGAGGCUAAGUAACUAGUCUAACCGCAAGAAAAUGUCGUUUUGUAAGUUCUUCGGGGGAGAGGUCUUUAAAGACCAUUUCAAACCAGGGAUGUAUAUAUGUUCCAAGUGUGAUCACCAGCUGUUCUCCAGCCGCUCCAAGUAUGAGCACUCGUCUCCCUGGCCAGCCUUCACAGAGACCAUCCAUGAAGACAGUGUGUCCAAACAUGAGGAGAGACCUGGGGCAUACAAGGUACGGUGUGGGAAGUGUGGAAAUGGACUAGGCCAUGAGUUUGUGAAUGAUGGGCCAGGCAGAGGGCAGUCUCGCUUUUGAAUAUUCAGCAGCUCACUGAAGUUCGUCCCUAAAGAUAAGGUUGAUGGACAGUAAAGUGAGCUGUCAGGGGGGAAAAUUGCAGGACUUGUAGAAGUUUCUUUGUGCUGCUGAAGGUGCGGACAGUGGAUGAAGUGUUCUGGGAAAAGGCCCAAUGUGGGAGCACCAGGGCUCUGAUGGACGGUGGCCUCACUGGACAGCAAGAACAGAGGAUUUUUCUCAUAUCUUUUAUUAUGCAGUCAUCACAGACUCAGUAACCAGAAUAGCCUCACUGAUUAUACAUUCACUGUCUCAUCAGCUGUUUAUUGAUUGAGACUAGACUUCAUGUGAUUCUGUCAGUUAUUUCUUACCGAGAGUUUAAGGGUUUGUUUACCUUCACAGUUUUGCAUGUAAGUAUAAAACUGAGUGUUACAAGUGAGUGAACACCAAUCUGUAAGAAAUAACUUACAAAACCUUAAACCUAAGACAAGAUAAACCUUUUCCAAAGAUUAUUCAUGAUGUUUUUAAAAUUCAUUCAUCGACAAUGACCUCUACCUGCAGUGUUUGUUGUGCUAGAUGCAGAAAAUUUGUAACUAUAAAUACUAUUUUCACUACUGAGAAGCUUUAUGUAAAUGAAUCACAAUGGCUGAUUACAAAGAACUUAAAUGUAUUUUAAAUUAAAAUAAUGCAAUAAUGCAAUGCUUUGAUAAUAAGUUUGUCUUUAAUCUUGUUUUCAAAUAUUAAAGUUACUUUUUUCCUA